AUGGCCGACACCAACCAACCAAUUGAACCGAAGGUAUCAUGUCCGCAUGAAACUCUCAAGGACGUUGAGCUAGGAGAUCUCGAUGUGCAGUCGCUUCCUCUGGAGGAGGACAAGCGGAUUCUGCGCCGGAUUGACCUCUACCUGCUCCCAAUGAUGGCGGUUUCGUACAUGUUCCAAUUUCUCGACAAGUCGGCGAUGAGUUUCACGUCCAUUUUGGGUUUGACCGAUGAUCUGCGUCUUCACGGAGAGGAUUACUCGUGGGCCAGCAGUAUUUACUAUUUCGGCUAUUUAGCUGCGUCUUAUGUUGCAGCGGUGUUGCUGGUUCGGUUUUCCGUUGGCAAAAUGAUUUCGACAUCGAUCAUUGUUUGGGGGGCCGUGUUGAUGCUGACGGCAACGGUGUUCAACAGCCCAGGCCUCAUCGCGGUGCGCUUUUUCCUCGGUGCAACUGAAGCCGCCAUUGCUCCCGGUCUCAGCGUUGUCGUUUCCAUGUGGUACAAAAGAUCCGAACAGCCCUUUCGCCAUGGGGUCUGGUUUCAGGGAAUUACGAUCGCGGGGAUCUUUGGAGGGCUGGUUGCGUACGGGAUUGGUCAUGUGCAAUCGAUCGCUCCAUGGAAGGCCGUGUUUCUCAUUUUUGGUGCUAUCACGAUUGUCUGGGCUUUUAUUCUUUUCUACUGGCUUCCAGAUACCCCGAUGAACGCAAGGUUUCUCGGUGAAGAUGACCGACACAAGGCUGUUAUGAGAGUCCAGGAGAAUAUGACGGGCAUCAAGAAUGAUGAAUUCAAGGUGUGCCAAUUUAUUGAGGCACUCUGUGACUUGAAAUGCUGGGCAUUGGUCCUCAUCCAAAUCAGCUGCUCCAUUCCCAAUGGCGGGGUGUCCAAUUUCGGCUCGAUCAUCAUCGAAGGUUUUGGCUUCAGUACGCUGAAUACACUGCUUGUUCAGAUCAUAACCUACGUGGUCCAGGGUGUCCUCGUCUAUGUCUCCACCGCCGGUUGUUCUUGGUUUGACAACAGCCGAACGUAUUGGAUGGUAUGGAACUCGGCCCUUUCGAUCGUUGGGGCUGCGAUGGCUCGGCAAAUAUCCCCCGACAAUGUUUGGACUCGAUUUAUCGGGUACUGUCUAGCGGGCGCUUACGCCGUGAACUUUCCGUUGACGCUGUCAAUGUCGACGGGCAACAUUGGAGGGUUCACGAAAAAGACCACGGUGAACGCGAUGGUGUUUAUCGGAUACUGUGCUGGGAAUAUCAUUGGACCGCAUCUAUUUUUCCCCGAUGAAGAACCGUCGUAUCCAUCGGGCUUCCUCGCGAUGCUGAUAUGUUUUGUCAUCUCGCUGGUACUGUCCCUUUGUCUGCGGUACUAUCUGAUCUGGGAGAAUAAUCGUCGGGAUCGCCUGGGGCAUGUGGAUGGUGAUAAUUCGUUCGAGAAUCUCGAUGCUACCGUCCUGGACAAGACUGAUAAGGAGCUCUUGCAGUUUCGCUAUGUGUAUUAA